AUGGAGCCAGAGGAGCCUUUCUAUGGCGACGAGUUGACGUACUUUGCAAGCUACGCACAACCAGCAUAUGCGCUCAAGCUCCCUUCCAUGGAGCAGCUGACAACGUGGAACCCAUCCAUUGCGCUUGCAUCGGAGGAGAGCAAGGCCGCAAGAAACUCCUUCCAGAGGGAGGACACUAACCUCUUCGACCCGCAGUUUCGACAGGAUUCUGCCGCACGCGCGCUGGACUUGGCUGGGCUCACCACGCUUGAGAGGUACGAGGCCUGCAUGCAGAUGCUGCAUCCAGAUCGGGCUUGCGAUUGGUACAGCUGGUUUCGAAUCUCUGGGGUGACGGCAACGAUGCUGAACCGCUAUGAUCACGAUGAUUUAGCGCGGAAGCGUAUUUGGAAUGCACACUGCGAGUGGUCCUGCAACUACCCAAACUUCUGUGAGCAAGAGAACUUCGAGGUGGUCUUGCAGGCUCAACAGAAGGUGACGCCAGGCAUCAAGAUUCUUCUGGAGCUGCUGCGGCACGACAAUCCGAAUCUCCAAGUGAGAGAGCACGCAUGGCCUUUCCACAUUCCUCGGAAAGCACAAGAGAUGGCCACACCGUGA